AAAAUGAAAGCAUUCCUGGUUCUUGCCUUCGUGGCUGCCGCCUACGGUGCGACCUUGUCCAGCGAACGCGACGCUCCCAUCCUGAGUCAGGAAUCCGACAUCAGUCCGGACGGCUCCUUCAGGACUGCCUACGCCACUGGCAACGGCAUCAGCGCCCAAGAACAAGGUGUAUUGAAGAACGCCGGCUCCCAAGACGAAGCCGAAGAAGUACAAGGCUCCUCCCAAUACACCGCACCGGACGGAAGUCAAAUUGCCAUUCAAUAUAUUGCCAACGAAAACGGAUACCAACCACAGGGUGCCCACCUUCCAGUUGCUCCAGCCCCACCACCAAUUCCAGAUCAAAUUGCCCGUGCUUUGGACUGGAUCGCCGCCCAUCCACCCAAGGAAGAACCAGCCAAGAGGCUUUUCUAAACAGAAUUAAUGUGAUACAAUGUUAUAAUAUAUAUUUAAUAAACAAUCAAAGAGUGUUCUUUGGUUAAUUAAUUGUAAUAUGUGUUUAUAUUUUGAUAA